GUAUUGAUAAAUUUGAAAAUAGGUUGAACUAUAAUAAUGAGUUCAAAGGUAUUGAUAAAUUUGAAAAUAGGAUGGAAUGUGAUGAAUUUGAAGGUAUUAAUAAAUCUAAAAAUGGUUUAGAAAUUGAUAAAUUUGAGGAUUGGUCAAAAAGUAAUAGUAGCAACUCAAGUAUAGCUAGUUCAAUUUUAAUAGAUAAUAAAGGUGAAACUUAUGACUUAGAAAAUCUACUACUUAGAUAUCAUAAGAAGUACAAAAGUCAAAUACUGGAAAUUCAAAAUGCACAAACAAUAUUAGAACAAAAUCAAGCAGUUAGACAUUAUGGAAUUUUUUUUAAAAAGAGUAUUCUAUUUAAUCUUAUCUCUACUAGUUUUCCAAAGACAUUUUUAGUAAAUAUCAUGCAUUUAUUUUAUGAAAAUAUCACUGCUUACAUGCUUGCUCAUUGGACAGAUUCAUUUUUUGCAGACUAUAAUCAAAACAAUGGUGAAUAUGUUUUAGCUAAAGAAAUAUAA